AGCAGUAACUUUAAUCAAUAGUAUAAUAGCCCUACACAAUCGUUAAUAUGAGAUACGCACUCGCUCCCCUCGCAUUCGGCCUUGGUGCCAAUGCCCUCGUUGCUCGCGGAAACACACAAUGCUUCCAGCUCAAGGCAUCUGGUGGCGCUCAAGGCAUCCUUGGCCAACUCGGUGACGGCCAGAACCGCGUUGGUGACCACUUGCCCAAUGGAUGCUACUGCCUCAGCGAUGGCGGCUUCACUGAUUCCAACGGAAGAGGCUGCAUCUUGACACCACCCACCACCCAGUUCCAGUGCGAUGUGGGUGCUUCUCCCACGACCGGAUUCGCCGUUGGCUCCGAUGGCAGCGUCACAUACAAGGGCGACGCCACAUUCUACGCCUGCCCCGUCAACGACAACGGCGUCUACAACGUCUACUCGGAACCCGUCGCAGGCCAGGACAAGUGCGUCAAGAUCUCUCUCGGCUCCGCUGGCUCCUGCGGCUCUGGAGGCGGCGAAGCCCCCAAGCCUACACCCACACCUCCACCUGCCGAGACGCCCUGCCCCCCCGUCACCACCAUCACCAAGACCGAAACCACAACCUCCCAGAUCCCCAAGCCCACUCCACCCCCAUCUCCUCCUCCAACUAAGCCCGAACCCUCGCCCCCAGCCAGCGACACAUGCCCGGCGGACCUCAACGGCAACUACCAGUACCCACACCUGAUUGUCCCCGUCGACUCCUCACAGCCCGACAAAGCAUAUGGGACAUCAUACAACGGCAAAGUCGACAGCCACACCUGCAGCAUCUUCAACUUCGACAUUCCCUACUCGUACGCCGGCAAAAAGUGCACCGCCAUCUUCCUGCUCCCGCAAAAGAAAGACCUCGAGACCUCUGACUACACCCUCUCGGGCACCGGCCAAUGCACCGUCACCGCCCUCAAGGACUACGCCACCGAGCAGACCACGUGGAACAACCAGCCCGCCAAGUCCGGCGACGCCGUUUCCCUCAGCGUGGCGCCCGGCGGCGCCUGGAGCGUCGCUACCUUCGAUUGCCCCGCCGGCCAGCGCAUCGCCUUCGAGAUGUGCAGCACCGGCGACUUUGCCCUGGAUUACUUCCAGGACUACAAUCCUAGUCCCAUUGGUAUGUAUGUCCGCCAGUGCUAGAUACCGCGUACUCGUCCUGUCGGGGAAGUCAAGUUUCUUGUUUUCUUUUUUUUCUUUUGAUGAUGAAAAAUGAAAAAUGAAGAAGAAGAAGAAGAAGAAGAAUAGAAGGGGAAGUGGUUUUAUUAGGAUUGUAUUCAUGGUAAUGGCUUGGAUGCGGGUAUGGGUUUGAGGAAGAGAUGUUGACGACGUCAUGACUUACAUACACACACACACACACACACACUCCCUUAUGAAGAUAUGUAGAUACAUAUGAAACGAAGGAAUAAUAAAGCGAGAAAUUCAACAUAGUUAAUGC